AGAUCUGUGUUUUUCACCAAACUCGUAUGGAUCGGCCCGUGCAGGGCAAUUCCCUCCGGUGGUCGUCGUCGUCCGCGUCAUCCAUGGAAGGUGCAAUGCAGGACACGCAGCCGGCAUCGUCUCACCACCAAGGGCCAGCGAACGAUGACACGUCUGCAUUCGGCACAGCGGCAACAGGGGCGAGCCACGCGGUUCAGUUCCCGUACGCGUUGCCGCCUUUGCCGAAAUGGAAGAACUUCAAGGCGCCCACGUUCCCGCCAUCGACCCUGGGGGGGUCGACGUGGAGCAGCCAGGUGGAAGGCGGGCAAGGGGGUGUGACGUGCUUUUCUCCGCGAGCAUCCACUGUUCCUGGGAGUACGCGACCACCAUCGACUCAGGGGGGGUCGGCGUGGAGCAGCCAGGUGGAAGGCGGGCAGGGCGGUGUGACAUGCUUCACUCCGCGAGCGUCUGCUGUUCCUGGGAGUAACCGAUGGGGAAUGCCGCAGGAUGGGCAGAACUGUGUAGGAUGGAGUGCCCCGACUGCAGCCCACUCGUGGUUUCAGCCUUUGAGGAACCUGGGCGGCAAGGACAUGGGUCCAGCAUCACAUGGAGGUCCCGAAGGAGCUUAUGGGAAUGCAGAUUGUGACGUGGGGGAUGCGUGGAUGGGUGGUGUGGCAGACAUUGCAGGCACCCAAUACGGAGGGUGCUCCAGUGCCGAUUCAGAUGGGGAGUUCAAUGUGCAGGGGCGGGAUGACGUCUCCAACAAUGAUGGCAGCCAGAGGCGUGCACCUGGAGGUGGAGAGGUGGUGAUGGUGAACCUGCUGCAAAAGCAAAGGCCCGUGCAGCGCCAGGCGGAGGGGGUGGUGACGGUGAACCUACAGCCAAAGGAAAGACCCGUGCACCUCCAGGUGGAGGGGGUGGUGAUGGAGAACCUGCAGCAAAAGGAAAGCCCCAUUCUCCUGAUUGGAGCACUGACGAGAGCGUGGGGCUGCUCACCUAUCUAUUUGAGGAAGACGCUCUGCAACAGAAGAGGAGAGGAAGACAGAAAAUGCGCACGAGGAAGGAGAAGAGGGUUGAGUGCUGUGACAGAGGAUGAUGACACAGGUGCUGGGAGUGGAAGCCCUGCUCCGCGAAGGCGCGAGGGGAGUGACGGCGGCGAAUGGUCGAAGAGUGCACGUAUGGAGGGGGGUGGUGGAAGCGCUCGCCGCAGCAGAUCUCAGUCAUCAGCGGAAGGGAACAGGGGGGGGAGUUUUGCUGACUUUGCACAUGCAUUGGUGGAAUCCAAUGACAGACAAGCCGAUAAAUUGGCAGGCAGUUUUGCGAAUGUCAUGGAUGGCAUCAACAACACCCUCGCACAGGGUAACGUGAAUGUCGUCCACGCGUCUCCGCUACCGCAUCAUAUGCCUAUCCGCGAAGUUAAAGAAGUUGUCGGCAUGGCUGGUGACUUUGCACUCACCCACAAACAUCUGAUCGAGCAGGCCCACAAGCUGGCCAGGAAAAGGGGUGUGCUUUUCCCACGCACAUCCGAUAUGGUCGACAAGAUCAAAAGAUUGCAGGGGGAGCUUGAGAGUUCCAACACACGUGAGGCCAUGGCAUUGUCGAGAGCAGAGGUCGUUGAAGUGAAGGUGGGGGUGCUGCGCGAGGAGGUCCAGCGACUGCACCAACUACUGGCAGCCAUCGAGGAUGGGGAAUCUGUGCAUGGCAAAGAUAAUUUCGUUAGUACAUUGUCCAGCCCCGGCAGCGGGCAUUCCGGUCCCGUUUCCAGUGUGGUCGUGUCUGUCUCCCACUCGCCCCGUGAAAGUGCUCCCCGUUCCCAGCCACGCAGGCGCGUGGCCACACCCCCUGCCUGCAUUCGGACUUCACCUAACGAGAGUUCAGCUAACGUCAACAGGCGGGAUGUCACUGCGGUUGCUGACCAACUGCGCAGGGUGAUGGCGAUCGAGCAAGACCAUAUGUCGGGGUCCGUUUUUUGAAGGCGAAGGUUGCUAGCUUGCCUUCCAGAGGUUGCCACGGCCGUGCACCUUCGUUCCUUCUCCGGUGUAUGGUCGACCGCU